CAAUGAUAUUGGUGAACCCAUAAUAAUAAUAAUUAUUAUACCUGGGUUUUUUCUUGUAUUCAAGAAUAUUGAAAAAUAUUUGAAUAUUCUUCUCUUAUUGUAUUUUAGGUUGAGCUAAUAAUUAAUCUUGUUACAAACGCUAUAAUUAAAUAAAUAAUAAAUUGUAGUACACAUUACCAUAAUAUAUUAUCACGUUACACGUAUACUUGUGAAUAAAUUUUAUGUACAUACAUUAUUUACAUUGUUGUUAUUUAUAUAUAUAUAUUCCUGAUUGUGUUUAUUUAAUUUAACACCGAAGUGAAUAGUGAUAUACCUAUAAAUUCUUAGUAUGUAAAUUUGUAGACCUGGUUGACCUUAGUUUUGCCGGUUCUUGUUUUUCAUAUUAUGUACCUACCGUAAAUAUCUUAUCUAAUACGUACAUAUAUUAUUAUUAUCUUUGUUUAACCGUCUCAUCGUGACAAUAAUUCUUUUAUCAUUUAUUGUAAUCAAUUGUCUCAAGUUGAACGUGUGAUAUGGCCGGACUAUCUAAUACGUUGUUUGUACUAAAAUGUAACUAUUUUAACGUAGCAAAAACAUCUUUUGCAAAGAUUGUAUCAUGCAGCACUUAUAGUACUUCUACGAAAAAUAAAAUCUAUGAGAAUGUUAAUGACGCAGUACAGGAUAUAAAAGAUGGAUCCAAGUUGUUAGUUGGUGGUUUUGGUCUGUGUGGGAUACCGGAGAAUCUCAUUCAAGCAUUGAACAACAAGAAGGUGUCUGGUCUGACUGUUGUAUCUAAUAAUGCUGGAGUUGAUGAUUUUGGAUUGGGGAUAUUGCUGAAAGGCAAACAAAUUAAGAGAAUGAUUGCAUCAUAUGUGGGUGAAAAUAAAGAAUUUGAAAAGCAAUUCCUUAGUGGGGAAUUAGAGGUUGAACUUACUCCACAAGGGACCUUGGCUGAGAGAAUUCGGGCAGGAGGAGCUGGUAUUCCUGCAUUCUUUACAUUAACAGGUUUUGGUACAUUAAUACAUGAAGGAGGUUCACCAAUCAAAUAUAAUAAGGAUGGAAAGAUCGAGAUUCCAAGUUCGCCACGCCACUCGCAACAAUUUAAUGGAUUGAACUAUAUAAUGGAGGAAGCAAUCACUGGGGACUAUGCACUCGUAAAAGCUUGGAAGGCUGAUAGGCAUGGCAACUUAAUAUUCAGAAAAACUGCCCGUAAUUUUAAUCCACCAAUGUGUAAAGCUGCCAAAAUAACCAUUGCUGAAGUAGAGGAAAUGGUUGAUGAAAUCGAUCCAGAUUUUGUUCACGUUCCAUCUAUUUAUGUGCAUAGAAUUGUUGUUGGCGGGAAAUUUGAAAAACGCAUUGAAAGAAAGACUAUAGCGAAGCCGAAAGUUGAUACGAAAAAUAGUAAACCUGCAGAUGUGCUUAGAGAAAGGAUUAUCAGAAGGGCAGCUUUGGAGUUUAAAGAUGGAAUGCAUGCUAAUCUUGGAAUUGGCAUUCCCGUGUUGGCCAGUAGUUAUAUUCCAAGCAAUGUUAAGGUGUUGUUACAAUCUGAAAAUGGUAUUCUGGGACUUGGGCCCUACCCCACUGAAGAUGAAGUGGAUGCAGACCUCAUCAACGCUGGCAAGGAAACCGUAACAGUCUUACCUGGCGCUUCAUUCUUCUCUACGGACGACAGUUUCGCCAUGAUUCGUGGCGGACACAUCGACUUGACCAUGCUGGGUGCAAUGCAGGUGUCCCAGUACGGGGACCUCGCUAAUUGGAUGAUACCUGGCAAGAUGGUGAAAGGAAUGGGCGGUGCAAUGGACUUGGUGUCGGCUCCAGGUACUAAAGUAGUUGUCACAAUGGAACACUCGGCUAAGAAUGGCGGACACAAAAUUGUACCCGAAUGUACUUUGCCGCUGACGGGCAAGAACUGUGUCGAUACAAUCAUUACGGAAAAAUGUGUAUUUCAAGUCGACAAAGAGAAGGGUUUAACACUAACAGAACUGGCCGAAGGUGUCAAUGUCGAAGAUAUUGUGGCUAGCGUUGGAUGUGAAUUUGACGUGUCGCCCGAACUGAAGCCCAUGGCCGACGUAACAAAACUUGAAUCUGUAAAGGAAUAAUAUUAAUGUAUAAUAUAUUCUGAUUCUAUAUUAUAUUGUAAGCUUAAAUGUAUGUCCUCUUACAAUUUUGUUGUCAAAGUUAUAUUUUUUUAAUGACAAUAUUUUAUAACUUGUGCCACUGACUUAUUAAAGAAAGCGAAGGGAUAGGUACUAAAUUAACGAAUUGCAAUAAUUGUUAUUGUUAUUUCCAAUCAAUGUUACUCUAUCUUUUAUGUGUUCCAAUUAUUGUUAUUCGAUUUUUUAUCUGCUAGCACAUAUUUUUGAUACAUUUUUCAAGUGAUACCGAAUCGAAUGAGCUAUCGUUCAUAUUUUUAGGAACAUUAUCAAAUACUAACACGUUUUGAAACUUGUUGAUCAGCAUUUGAAGUUAUAAAACAUAUUCUAAACAUUUUUUUAUUGUAAAUCGUUCAUUUUGUUAAUUUUUAUAAUGUGGUACUUAUCUUACAUUUUAUUUUUUAUUAUGUUAUUUUAUUCUUAGUCUUAUUUUAUUUUUAACCGAAUUUAUUUGUUAAUUUUUACGUUGUUUUUUGAUGUUUUGCAUAUUAUAAGAAUAAUGUACUGCCUUACCAAGAUUUAAUCCAAAUAUAUUUUAUACUGUUGCUUUA